GAGUUCACACAGGCUACAGGUAAUACCUCAUCCUCCUCCUCAUAGCCCAUUGGAUCUUUAAUAGAGUAGGUCUCUCUCUCAUAUGCUAAGACUCGUGAAAUCGCACGAGCAUAUGCUGGAGGCUAGCAGGGCUAAUCUAGACUCAUGAGUAAGCAAAUCAAAACUGUGUGCCGAUCAUAGACCGGGAGAACGGCGGAGGAUUUUCUCACAUCUUGCCCUGAUAUCUCAGAAUAUAUCGCGGUGCAUAUCUCUCUCCCUACAGUGGGAGUGUUUUCACGGAGCAGUAUAGCUGAACAGAUCUUUUGUCACAGUGCGACCACCUGCGCGUGAAUACCGGCAAAAAGGCGGUGGCUGUCCAAGUCCGCGGAGCUGAAAAAAAACAGAACAAGAAAAGAAAAAGAAGCAGCGGAGAGACUCUGAGCGUCUGUGCCACUAUACUUCCCCCCCAGAAACCUACACAGUCUCACACCCCCCACCUGCAAGGCAUGUCGACCGCCGGGGAAGUACCAGACUUCUUCAAGAGCAUGGGCUCCGACAGCCCGUCCAGGCCCAGGCAGAAAUUCUGUGGCGUGUUCUGCCCGGUGGAAGGCUCCUCGGACAGCAAGACGCUGGACUUUGACGCUCUCUCGGGGUGCAGGGGCAAGAGUGACGGGCGAGUCAUUGACCGGCAGACCGACAUCUCCCAGCCGAGGAAGGUGGAGAUCAGGGAGAGCACGGGGAAAGAAGCUCUACAGAACCUGGACGAUAAAAGGAGUGACCGUCUCCUCAUCAAAGGAGGGAAGAUUGUGAACGAUGACCAGUCCUUCUGCGCUGACGUCUAUAUGGAGGAUGGAGUCAUCAAACAAAUCGGGGAGAAUCUCAUCGUGCCCGGCGGGGUGAAAACCAUCGACGCCCACGGCCGCAUGUUGAUGCCGGGCGGCAUCGACGUGCACACGCGCUUCCAGAUGCCCGAUCGAGGCAUGGUGUCCGCCGACGACUUCUACCAGGGCACCAAGGCUGCGCUGGGCGGAGGCACCACCAUGAUCAUCGACCACGUGGUUCCCGAGCCUGGCGUCAGCCUCAUCUCGGCCUUCGAGCAGUGGCGCGAAUGGGCCGACAGCAAGUCCUGCUGCGACUACUCGCUGCACGUCGACAUCACCGAGUGGCACAAGGGCAUCCAGGAAGACAUGGAGGCGCUGGUGAAGGAUCACGGCGUCAACUCUUUCCUGGUCUACCUGGCUUAUAAGGAUGUUUUCCAGCUAAGUGACGCUCAGGUGUACGAGGUGUUCAGUGUGAUCCGCGAUCUGGGAGCCAUCGCCCAGGUGCACGCUGAGAAUGGAGACAUCAUAGCCGAGGAGCAACACAGGAUCCUGGAGCAGGGGAUCACUGGGCCUGAGGGACACGUAUUAAGCCGGCCCGAGGAGGUGGAGGCGGAGGCUGUGAACCGCUCUGUGACUGUGGCCAAUCAGACCAACUGCCCUCUCUAUAUCACUAAGGUGAUGAGCAAGAGUGCUGCUGAUGUCAUCGCCCAGGCCAGGAAGAAGGGCACCGUGGUCUACGGAGAGCCAAUCACCGCAAGCCUGGGAACAGAUGGUUCUCACUAUUGGAGCAAGAACUGGGCCAAGGCAGCCGCCUACGUCACCUCCCCUCCCCUGAGCCCCGACCCCACCACACCAGACUAUCUCAACUCCCUGCUCUCCUGUGGUGACCUGCAGGUGACAGGAAGCGCCCACUGUCCCUUCAACACCGCCCAGCGUGCCGUGGGCAAAGACGACUUCAGCUUGAUCCCCGAAGGCGUCCAUGGUACCGAGGAGAGGAUGUCUAUCAUCUGGGACAAGUGUGUGGUGACCGGUAAGAUGGAUGAAAACCAGUUUGUGGCGGUGACCAGCACCAACGCCGCCAAGAUCUUCAACCUGUACCCCCGCAAGGGUCGCAUCGCCAUGGGUUCGGACGCCGACCUGGUGCUGUGGGACCCAGACGUCACGAAGAUCAUCUCUGCCAAGAGCCACAACUCGACUGUCGAGUACAACAUCUUUGAGGGCACGGAGGUGCGCGGCGGGCCUCUGGUGGUGAUCAGCCAGGGCAAGAUCGUCUUGGAGGAAGGGAACCUCCACACCACUGAGGGCUCGGGACGCUUCGUGGCCCGCAAACCCUUCCCCGACUACGUCUACAAGAGGAUAAAAGCUCGCAGCAGGCUGGCUGAGCUGAGGGGCGUGCCCAGAGGACUGUACGACGGGCCGGUCUGCGAGGUGUCGGUCACCCCCAAAACCAUGACUCCCUCCUCCUCCGCCAAGACCUCACCUGCCAAGCAGCCCAACCAGCCCGUCCGUAACCUGCACCAGUCUGGUUUCAGCCUAUCCGGUGCUCAGGCUGACGACAACAUUCCUCGCCGGAACACCCAGCGCAUCGUGGCGCCACCGGGCGGCAGGGCCAACAUCACCAACCUGGGUUAGAGCCCCCCGCCCCCCCCCCACGGGCCGCUAAGGAGGAAACGAAAGAGAUCGGAGGACGGACGGUCGACAGGAGCUGAGGGGUCGAGAGAACCACUCCACAACGCCGGGAGCUGAAAACCCAUCGCAGCACCUGACCGGGCCCAUCUGUCAGCCUCAAUCUCCCACCUCCUCCUUCGCUGGCUUUCACGGGCCCACUCCCUCCCCCCCCCCCCCCUCCGAUCAUAGAGGACACCGUUAGAAACGACAACAAGAAAAAGGUCUGCCUCAUAUGAUGACAAAAGAGAAAAAAAUGAAAACACUCAUUUGAGAACUUUUGACUGCAUUAUUUCAUUUUUUUUUUUUUUACACUGUAUUUUCUCCCUGCCAUGUGUCCUUUUGAUGUUUGAUUGACUGUUGUUUUAAUAGAGGGGUCAAGUGAGACUAAACUGAAUUAACACCGCUAAGAGAAGAGGAACAUUUUCAUGCAGGAUGUGCAUUGUGUUUCCACUCUUCCCUUGUCAUUUGGGAGAGGAGUCUAAAUGGCGCACCGGUACAAAGACCAGUAUUGUUUUGAUCUUUUCUUGCUUUCCUUGAACAGGCCAAACGGUAGCUUUGUUUGGAAUCUGAACAGUCUUACAGUUCAUUCAGCCAACACGCUGUCAACUUAUUUGUGAUUUGUAUUAUUAUUGUUGCACUUCUGUUGCUUCACUUUACACUGCAUCCCCACCCGUCACAACAUCAAUUGAUUAUUAGCCAGGAGGACGGCCUUAAGGUUUGCACACGGCGAUCUUUCUAUUAUAGGCUCUGGCUGCACUGACUCAUCUCAUGUUUUCCCACCUGUGGCUUUGUGUAGGAACACAAGUAGAAAACCAUAUUCCACAUUUGGCAGCUGCCUUAGAGCUUUUUUUUUUUUUUUUUUAGCUGAGGAGCUUUGGCAGGUAGUAAAUGGAGGUUGAUGAUAAGUGGGAGAACGGAAGGAAAGAUCUCAGGAGGAAAGAGAAAGUUAUACUCGCUUGUCGCUUCAAACGCAACCUUUCCUUUCGGUGUCUCAAUGUCGUCCUGUUGAGCGAACCUUCAGAGAAUCCUAACCGUCCAUGAAGGUUUUGAUUAACAGCCGUUGAGGCUCCUGAUCCCCGUCCAUCACUAUCCAGUGUAUUUGCAUACAGAAUGUUUCUCCUCCAAAUGUGACUGUUUUAUACUCAUCAAACCCCUCUUUUCUUUUCUACUCUGUAUGUGCCUGAACCCACAGAAGUUGUACUGAUAGUUUUUUUUCUUCUUCUUCCUGUUUUGUUAUUCUUAUUGAAGGUUAGUGAAGGAUGUAAGAUAAAGAGGAAAAAAAAAGAAAGAUGUAAGAUAGCCAGGAUAAAACCGAUUCUAAGGUGCCAGAUUUUGCGCUUUCACAGGGCCCGCCCUUGUCGGCGGAGCCCCUGUAAAGACGGAAAAACGUUCGAUAUUGAGAAAUGUUCUAAUGUUUUAGGGUUUUUAACUUUGUCGUCAAACUGCUUUUUAGUGUCAUUCUGUAACUAGGCGCCUGAGGGCCGAGCACUUUUGAUUUACGCUUGAAAGUAGACGAGCUGAUGUACUUCUGACUAGUAUGCGGUGUUGAUGUGUGGGGGAUGUACACCACUUCUUUACUGGUGUGGACGUGACUUUGCUCCGGGCUGUGCUGAGCUCUCGACGUUCCUUAUUUAUUUUUUUGUUGCAUGAUCUGGUUUUCAUUUAGCCAAGCGACUGAUUUCCUGUGUUGGUCCUUAUGCCAACGAGGUCUUGGAAGCCAGUCACCAUCUCUCUCUGUAGACCCUUUUUCUUCCCAGUGACUCAACACAGAGCAACAAGCUCACCCUGGCUCCACGCCAGGGACCAGUUCAAUAUAUGUGGAUCAAGACCAGUCUCUGCUUUAGACUGGUUUUGCAUUCUUUAGACUAAUCUGAUGAAGACCUUCUCCUGAAUUAAUGUCCUACUAGUCGCUAUAGCAGCGCAUAAAUAGCUUGUGUCACUCACACGCAUACAUAUAUGAUGUGUGUGUGUAUAUAUAUAUAUAUAUAUAUAUAUACACGAACUACACCAACUCUGUUUGUGCUUUCAACCCUAGUAUUCCAGGCUUCCUCUCAUCUAACUGGAAGCCUACAGAAGGCAAGGUCAGCGUUACGGAUGGUAUGUGUUUUUUUUGUUUUAUUUUUAAAGGAUCCAAAGCGGGGGGAAUGAAGCUCGUGUCUGAAGCCAUCAAAGAUGAGACAUGAUAGGAAUCUCCACGGCAACUUGUGCAUCACACAACGAGGUUUCUGUAAGUCAGGAAGUAGGGAAUAAGACCCUGUGUGUCUGACUGCUGUUGCCUCUUUUCCUUUUUUUAAUCCUCCUAAUUAAUGAGAAACACUCCUAACACUCUCUUCUUUUAGCUCUACACUAUGACACUUCCUGCUCCACUACUUCGGUGGGACGAAGAGACACUUCUAGAGCAUAGCUCUUGUGAGAGUAACAGCACGCUCCUUGUAUUUUUCUAUUUUCCGCGUCACUCCUUCCUUUCAGCUUGUCUUUAUCCGUCUUUCCUCUUUUCAUUCCUUCCCUCCCUCCCUGGCUCCGUCGUUGUUUCUGGCUGUUGCCGAGGCGACAGACCCCUCCGCUCUCACACGGGGCUCUGCUUUUUUGUUUGUCAUGGCAACGCUUGUCAGAUCGGAGGUUGCUCGUAGCAACUCGUCUCC